GAAUAAAAAUACAUAGUUUUGUGUUGAUUAAUUUUAAAAACAUAAUAAAUCGUAUUCUUUUAAUUAAAGUAUUAUAUUAAUUUAAAUAAUCAUAUAUUUAAAAGUUUAAAUUAAGAAGGAAGUUAUUAUGAAAAAAUAAUAAUUUCAUGUGUUAAUAAUUGAAGUUUUUAUAAAAAUACAAAAUAAAAAUUUUGAGGUUAUACCUAAUGUGUGUGGUGAAUUAAAUUUAAAAAUUGACGAGUUUUAGAUUUUUGUCCUGGUGAAAAAAUGGCUGACUAUUGGAAAUCUCAAGGUCGGAAAUUCUGCGACUUCUGUAAAUGUUGGAUUGCUGAUAAUAAACCGAGUAUUGAAUUUCACGAGGGUGGCAAGAAGCACAAGGAAAAUGUCACCAAGAGAAUUAAAGAGAUUCAUAAGAACAGCGCGAAGCAGGCUAAGAUCACAAAAAAAUUUGAAAAUGAUCUUCAAAAUAUGGAAAGAGCUGCUAUGGCCGCGUAUCUCAAAGACGUCGAAGGCGAUACAGUGGACUUGACAGCUCAGGAAAUAAUUCGUAAUAAACAUAAUAGAAAAAUAGAAGAACCAUCUAAAAUAGAAAAUCCCAAUCAAAUGCCUGAAGCAUCAGCAGCUACAAAUCCACGUCAUAAACUCAGCAAAAAUCUUCCAGCAGAUGUUGAUUUUUGUGACCCUACAACAUUUCAUCGAGCUCGAGUCCCUCGGUAUCCAAAAAACCCGAAUGUGGUGAGUGGAAGUAGUGGUAGUGGCGAUGGCGGUGGCGGUGGCGGCAGCGGUGCUGGUGAGAAUAAAACCCAAGGGAAAGGUAAAUCCAAUCGGGAAAAACGGAAAGGCAAAAAGAGUCAAGAGGAUGAUGGUCUUAAGAAAAAGAAUUUUCAUAAAGUCUGGUAUGAAGCACGCAGUCCCGAAGGAUACACCUACUAUUGGCAUAUUGAGACUAACGAAACGUCAUGGGAGCCUCCAGAAGAAGGUUUUAUGACAAUCGCAGAGCAAGAAGAAGAAGCUAAAGAGCAAGCGCUUCAAGCUGAGUUACUUCAGCAAAUGGAAGAAGAGGAAGCUAAAGACAAAGCUGACAUUUUUGAAGAACAACGCGCUAAUGCUGAGCGAGAAAAAUAUAAAGCAUUGAGAAGAUUACAAAAAUCUACGGGCAAUACGGAUAAUGAAGUUGAAGUGAAAGAAGAAAAAGAAGAGAUACCUUACAGAAGAGAUUACAGUGUUCCAGAUAGAGUUGAUCCCUACGGGCCGUGGCAGACUGUAGAAAUAAAACCUAAAAAAGUAAUUGAUCUUCAAUUGCCGCAGAAGAAGAAAGUAGUGCAGGUAAUAAAACCAGUGGUUAAAGAAGCACCAAUACCUCAGAGGACGUUUGUAGAAAAAAAGAUAACGAGAAUUUCCACUGGCGAUAGUGAUGAAGAUGAGGCACCAACGACGUUCAAAAAAAGAAAAUUUGGUAACAAAAGUGUACGAAAACGUCUAGAUGACGAUUGAUCAGUAUUCGUUUUAGAGUAAUAUACAUGUACAAAGCUACGUCAAAUAAUUGUUUGUAAAAUAAAAAGA